AUGCAGAAACAACCAAAACAGAACAAACACCCCCCGCCGCCCGAGCCCAACACAGCGAACCACGUCCAGGGGACGCCCCCCACGUGUGUGUCGGGGGGGGGGGGGGCGACCGGGCGAAGCACGGGCCCCCAGGGGCGUGCGCCAACAAGAACGAAGCAUGCAAGCAGUAACAGCGGGGGGCGAAAACUAUUGCAAACAAGAGAACAUAAGGGGGGGCGCGGGGGAAUAAAGCACGCACAUAUAACAACACAUAGGCAUCGAUCGGCAACAAAAACGUCCGCAUACUCAUCCACGCAAAAAAAAAAAACGCGGCAACGGGCACAAAGGUCACAGGCACAGAAUUACAAAAACAAACAUCCGUGUCGCCAAAGGCAGCAGCCCGUCGUGUCAGGGGGGGCGGGAACAAGGCGGGGGGGGAGCACCCCAUCCGGCAACGCGCAGGGGCGGGCGUGGGGCAAAGGGGGGAACAAAAAACGCCCGUGGCGAACAUCAGCGUGGGGCUGCAACAAAAGCCAGGCGGGGGGGGGACCCACAAACACCCAAUCCGGGAGCGGGGGGGGGGCGCCAGUCAGCGGUGGGGGGGGGGCGGGGGGGGGAAGGGCAGCAAGCACAACAACCAAGCACAGACCCCCGUGGUGCAAAAUAGGUGGGGGGGGUGGGGCAGCUGCACAAAAUGGCCACAAGAGUACAAGCUCCCUCCCAAAUCCCCUGCUGGUGUGGUGCGGGCGCAGAGCACGGGGUGUGGUGGGUGGGGGGGGGUUUCAAGUUGUGGGUUUGAAUGCAAUUACCUAG